CACAGCAUGCCUCCAUUCAGCGGGCGAUAAAGGAGAAAGCACACAGUCCACUCCAUCUGCUCCGGCUGGCCGUGCUGCCAUUUAACUGCACUUGACUGCACUGCAAUGGCGCUUCCAAUAUAACGAAGCUUUAUGACGUUCCAUGUGCAUGGAAUUCAGAUUGUCGUUGCGAAAAACAUAAGAAAUCAAGCUACAAAUCAAGAGUUAUCACGAUGAUCAUUCCUGUGCGAUGCUUCACCUGCGGAAAAGUCAUUGGAAAUAAAUGGGAAGCAUAUCUGGGACUUCUUCAAGCGGAGUAUACCGAAGGAGAUGCUUUGGAUGCGCUAGGUUUGAAAAGAUACUGCUGUCGUAGGAUGCUGCUUGGACAUGUAGAUUUAAUUGAAAAAUUACUUAACUAUGCACCGCUAGAGAAAUAAAUUUUAUUUGUUAUGCCGA